AACUUUUGAGAUUGAGUUAAGUUCUCCUCCUACAGCUUACCUCCUAGUGCGUCGAAAGCCAUAGCGUCGCGAAUACUUCAUCAAUCAACGUGAUUCAAAUUGGGAACGAAUUUCGGAUUUAUAUUUUGAGUGAUUCUAGCUCCUAAGUUCACCUAGACUCCGUCCUUAAUACUAACAAGUGGUAUCAGAGCGAUAUUAAGGACAUUGAGAGGAGUCUACAGAAGUGUGGAGACCCUUCUAGACCCACCAUGGCCUGGGACGAUGUGAAGCCGGUCCUUGACAAGAUCAAGGACACCUAUGCAAGGAUGGCAGCAGCGGGCAGCAGUGUAUCUCAGCUGCAGCAGUGCACCAAGAUCAUCUCGGAAUGGAAGCAGCAGCAACAGAAGCUUCCAUCUACACCGCUCAUUGUGGAGGCGGAUGAGGUGCAGCGGCCUUCAAGACAGGUGGAGGUUGCAGUGUCUGAGGAGGAGAUGUCUGGGGUGACUGAAGAAGGGGGAGCAGCUGAAGUGGAGCAGCAGCAGCAGCAACAUGAGUCUCCACCUCGAGUUCCACACCCGCCUGAGCGACCUAGGAGGGAUGUGCGCCCUCCGGUGAGGCUGACCUAUGGGGGAAGAGGCAAGCCAAAUGUGGUGCAGGCUGGGAGUGUGGUUGAGCAGAUUGAGGAAGAUGAGAUUGCAUUGUGCUAUUGGGCUGCAAUUCCUCAGCCCAACGUACUGACUCUAGCUUCAACUCAGUGAAAGCGGAUGGCACCAGCAUUGGGGGUUAUGUGUGCUUGCUAGGAGGUGGUGCUGUGAGCUGGCGCAGCAAGAAGCAGAAUGAGGUGGGAUUGUCCUCAUGUGAGACUGAGUACAUGGCCUUACACCAUGGGGCCAAGGAAGUGGUGUGGCUGAAGCGUUUGCUGGAGGAGUUGGGAGUUGGUCAAGAGGAGCCGACAGUUGUGUUCUGUGACAAUGAGUCUGCUGUGAAGCUCGCCAAGAAUGCUUGUUUGCAUGGGCUGACAAAACACAUAAGGCCUAAGUGGCACUGGGUGAGGAGACUCCUUGAUCAGGAGGGAGGGAAUCUUUGUGCUUAUGGGGUUUCCUUGGUUGGGGACUCUCUUGGGACCUUCCCUCUCAUCCCUCUCUUCUAUCCCAAUCUUUCUCUUGCUCCUCUAAUUCCUUGUGAGAUUCUUGAACUUUGAUAGAACUUUUGAGAUUGAGUUAAGUUCUCCUCCUACAGCUUACCUCCUAGUGCGUCGAAAGCCAUAGCGUCGCGAAUACUUCAUCAAUCAACGUGAUUCAAAUUG